AUGCAGGAAAAAGACGCCUCCCCGUACGGUUUCCAGCCUCGCUUCCAACAUUUCGCCACGCAGGCCAUCCAUGUGGGCCAGGAACCCGAGCAAUGGACCUCCCAUGCUGUGGUGCCCCCCAUUUCACUGUCCACCACGUUCAAGCAAGAGGCUCCCGGCCAUCACUCGGGUUUUGAAUAUAGUCGUUCUGGAAACCCCACCAGGAAUUGCUUGGAAAAAGCAGUGGCAGCACUAGAUGGGGCCAAGUACAGUUUGGCCUUUGCUUCAGGUUUAGCAGCCACUGUGACUAUUACCCAUCUCUUAAAAGCAGGAGACCAAAUUAUUUGUAUGGAUGAUGUAUAUGGAGGUACAAACAGGUACUUCAGGCAGGUGGCAGCUGAAUUUGGAUUAAAGAUUUCUUUUGUUGAUUGUUCCAAAACCAAGUUGCUAGAGGCAGCCAUUACACCCGAAACCAAGCUUGUUUGGAUUGAAACCCCCACAAACCCUAACUUGAAGAUGAUUGACAUUGAAGCCUGUGCACAUACCGUCCAUAAACACGGCGACAUAAUUUUGGUCGUGGAUAACACUUUCAUGUCGGCGUAUUUCCAGCGGCCUUUGGCUCUGGGAGCUGAUAUUUGUAUGUAUUCAGCAACAAAAUACAUGAAUGGCCACAGUGAUGUUGUAAUGGGCUUAGUGUCUCUUAAUUCUGAGAGCCUCCAUGAUAGGCUCCGCUUCUUACAAAAUUCUCUUGGAGCAGUUCCAUCUCCUGUUGACUGUUACCUCUGCAAUCGAGGUCUGAAGACUCUACAGGUCCGAAUGGAGAAGCAUUUCGAAAAUGGGAUGGCAGUUGCUCGGUUUCUGGAAUCUAAUCCUAGGGUAGAAAAGGUUAUUUAUCCUGGACUGCCCUCUCAUCCCCAGCAUGAGCUGGCAAAGCGUCAGUGCACAGGCUGUCCAGGGAUGAUCACCUUUUAUAUUAAGGGCACUCUUCAACAUGCUGAGACUUUUCUCAAGAACCUAAAGUUAUUUACUCUGGCUGAGAGCUUGGGAGGAUACGAAAGUCUUGCUGAGCUUCCGGCAAUCAUGACCCAUGCAUCAGUGCCUAAGAGCGACAGAGAUGCCCUUGGAAUUAGUGACACACUGAUUCGCCUCUCUGUGGGCUUAGAGGAUAAAAAAGACAUACUUGAAGAUCUAGAUCAAGCUUUGAAGGCAGCACACCCUCCAAAGGCAGGUCAUAACUAG